CAAGUUUGAGAAUGUGGUUGCUCAGUUAAAUCAUGAUGAAGGGAAAGGAAAGAUAUUUCGUUUCUGAGAAGUACCGAACUCAUCAAGAGCAUAUAAGGAAAUGAUGUAGCAGUACAGCCCAAGAGAUGGCAGUAGUGAAACAUUGUUGGAUGCAAGCUGCCGUUAAAAACUAAGGAAGAAGAAGAAGAGGAGCCAAUCUAGCGUCGCGUUGUUGACAACCCGGGAGAAACAAAACUAGCUAAAGUAAAACGAAAAGCUCCAGAAGAAUGAUUCAUACGAGUUACAUCUCUUUGUGAAAAAAAGGAUAAAGGAGUGUUAAUGGAGCUUCGACUUUUUAAACAUUUAAUUCGGCUUCUUUAAAUUUAGCGUUGUCACAACAGAGAAACUCCUUCUUACCUAUUGGUAUCAACUGGCUCUUCUUUCUUUUACAUCUAUUUAAAAUGUUGUCUACUGGAGAUGUUCAAGGUUAUCUCCGAAAACUGGAAGCUCUCCUGCGAGUGAUCAAGUACCCGGGAUACAUCGACUACAAUGGGCUGUCCAAAGGAGAUCCAUCAGCUUUUCUGCCAAUACUGAGUUUCACCCUCACCUCCUUCUCUCCACCUUUUGCUGAGCAACUGAUGGCAGCUGGUUUAGAGUUGACAGGCAAAACUGACCUCCGCUUUACAGAGACUGUUUAUAAGUUAGGACGCUUUUUAUGCUCGAGUGAUUUACAGGUGUUACGAGAUAUCUUCCAGUAUAAGCCCAUGCUGACCAAGCAGCAGUUCCUCCAGUGGGGGUUCUCUCAAAGGAAAAUCUCUGUCAUCUGUGAUAUUAUUAAUUUGGUCCUACAGAAACACAGCCAGCUGAAGAAGGUAUCCAAGAAGUCAUUUGUCAUACAUCACAUGGAAAAUCCUAUGACAUCUCCCACAAACUCCUCCCAUACUGAACCAUUCUCCUUGUAUAAUGGAACAUGUGCCUCUCGUGAAGUAUACUCCCCUGAUUCUUCCAGCAAUGACGCUGCAGAGCUGCCAGGAAAAGAGGAUAAGGAUAACAGCCUUCAUGAUGUGGGAGAAGUCGUCACCAUAUCCAGAGAAAGCUGGGAAAACCUGAUAAGCAGAGUCCUGCUGUUGGAAACAAAAUUUGAACAGAGAAAUACACAGGAAGACUGUAAACGGGCUACUGACGGGAUACAAAGCGUUGCCAACUUUGGCAAAACCAAGAAAAGAGAGGACUACCUUGAAUGGCCAGAGUACUUCAUGGCUGUGGCCUUUCUGUCAGCACAAAGAAGCAAAGACCCGAACUCCCAGGUGGGAGCAUGUAUAGUGAACCAGGAGAAUAAGAUAGUGGGCAUCGGUUACAAUGGUAUGCCUAAUGGCUGUAAUGAUGACCUGCUGCCAUGGUCUCGCUCUGCUGAUGACCAGCUUGACACUAAAUACCCUUAUGUGUGCCACGCAGAGCUGAAUGCUAUUAUGAAUAAGAACAGUGCUGAUGUGAAGGACUGCACCAUGUAUGUGGCUUUGUUCCCCUGUAAUGAGUGUGCCAAGCUCAUUAUUCAGGCAGGUCUCAAGGAAGUGGUGUAUCUUUCUGACAAGUACCAUGACACACCUGAAAUGACUGCUUCCAGAAGGCUCCUCAGUAUGGCAAAGAUCAAGUACAGAAAGCUCAUCAUACAGACAAGACUGGGAGAGGCCUGUGAAAGUCAGGGGACGUUUCAGGAAUACCUGCUAGACCCAAGUUAUGAUGCUCAAUGUGGCUUAAAAAGAUCCCAAGACAUGUCUGAGGCAGUUCAAGCCCAAGAGGACUGAGAUUGUCAUUGAUUUUAAUUCCAUUAACUACUCUGGAAUGCUGAACUGCGCAACCAAGUGAAAAUGCAAAUGACUCACCUUGGGGAGCUGUUGAAUGAGGCAGUGAGUCAGACGAAGAAUGACGAGAUUAAAAGGGACUUUGAUGCCUCUUUUUAUGUAUGUCUUCUCGCCUCCUGCUUUGUCCAAAGGAAAACUCAAGGAUAACCUGACUUUGGCAUCUUUGAUAUUUUGAUUUGCUGCUUUAACGUUUUUCUUUUAAAACUCCCUCUGGGUCGAGGAAUUCAUAAGGCUUAUGAACAAACUGUAGUGUUUUAUGUGUAAGUCUCCUGUGUUUGGUUUUCUUAUGGCGAGGUGUCUGGAGAGUAAAUCAGAAAUCUGUUUCUGUCAUCCUGCAAGCUUCCAGGCUUGUUCUCCUAUAUGAAGACCACUUAACCUUUGUUCAUAUUCACAGUUAAAUCUGUUUUUUGAGACUGGGAGAUGCUGUUAUUACUGCUGCCACUCAGUGUUUCAGUAUUUUAUUUCAUCCUCUCGACUGAUGCCACCUCUACAAUACUGGGCUUUAAUAUUGUUAAUUCGAAUUAGCUGUAUGCAGCUGAGCCUCAUCACUCAUUAUAGCCAAAUGGUAGCUUUAAUUAAGCAAACAAGCCAUGAAAGGCUGGUUGUGUAUUUUUGUCACAGUUUGUGAAUAUGAUCCUGGUGACCUCAACAUCUGACCUCACAGUCAGUGUCAGAGGUCAAGUUUUAAAUCUUGGUGAUAAGUUAGGACGAUUUUCCCUUUUAUUUGGUGUAGCUGCAUCUACUAGCAGGAUGAGGUGUAACACUGGAAGGUGCCAAUAUUAUUUGCAAUUAAGUUCAUCAAACCUGUUUACAAAAAGUAAUGUCUGUAAAUUUUACCCCAUCUCUGACUUUUUACUAAGUGUUCUGAUCUUUAAUGCCUCCUCUGUAGUGAAGAAUGUCUUUACUACAGCUGGAGUAAAGUGUCAGAAACAAGAGAGCACACAGUUUUUAUUUUGGACCUUUGUAACAGAAUGUAAAUCUUUCAUUCAUUAAACAUGCGUGAAAACGAA